UUUAUUCUGACAAAUUUCUUUAUUUUGCUUAAUUGAAUAUUCCAAUUAAAUUUAUUUUCUUUGGAAUGCUUGACAAUUUUCUGUCUUAUUACACUUUGAUUGGUAAAAUCGGUGAAGGUUCAUUCUCAGAAGUCCUAAAAGUUAAAGAAAAGAAAAGCGGACAUUUCUAUGCAGCCAAACGAUUGACAAAAUAUUAUGCAAACUUGGAUGAAGUAAAAGCGUGUGCUGAAUUGAAGACAUUGCAAAAGCUUGAAUAUAAUCAAAAUGUUCUCAGUUUGGUGAACUUUAUCUUUGAAGAGCGAUGUGGAAAACUGACAUUGAUAUUUGAUCUCAUGGAUAUGUCGAUGUACGACUUUAUAAAAGAUCGCACAAAGCCUCUCUCGGAACGGAGAUGUAAAAAUUAUAUUUUUCAAAUCUUCCAAGGCUUACAUCAUUUACAUCGUAAUGGAAUUUUUCAUCGUGAUAUUAAACCAGAAAAUAUUUUAAUUCGUUCCGAAACGAGAUGGAGAAAUAACAUGAUAGGACCAGAUUUGAUACAAAUUGCUGAUUUGGGAUCAGUUUGUCAAACUGAUAAUCCUUUUCCACGUUCUGCGUACAUUUCAACGCGUUGGUAUCGAGCACCUGAAUGCUUACUGACGUCAGGAUAUUAUGGACAAAAAAUGGAUGUUUGGGCUGUUGGUUGUUGCUUCUUUGAAUUUCUCACAUUAAAUCCUUUGUUUCCUGGUGAUAAUGAGUUAGAUCAACUUCAUAAAAUUCAUCUCAUUCUUGGAUCACCAUCAAAUAUCAUUCUGAAUCGAUUUAAACACAGAAAUGUAAAUUACAAUUUUCCGAAAUGUAAGUCGGUGGGUUUACACAACCUUGUGCCGAAUCUUAGUGACUAUGGAAAUGAUAUAUUGAAGAAAACAUUGUCAUAUCAUCCUGAUACGCGAUUAUCAGCGAAGAAAAUAUUAGAACAUAUUUAUUUUAUUGAUCUUCAAUACAAAAAGAAAAGAAGUUCAUCGUCAACGAGUGCAUUAUUAAAGUCAUCAUCACUAACAUCGACAAACUCAUCUAAUCUGGGAAGGAAAUCAAUAAGAAAAAAUAGCAGUUCGCUUACAAAUUCACGGGGAUCUGAAUCAAGUAACAGUAGCAAGUACAGUAUUGUUGUAGAAAAACUUCAUGAAGC